CAACACAGUCAGCAUUGCUGCCCAAUGCGGAUCAUGCUGUGUAACCACCAAAUACAUCGGGAGGUUCGAGAAAUGCUGUGCAGCCGAGAAGUAUGUUUUUCUUCCAUACACGACACGGGACACAUUGAAUGCAAUGUACCAUGUUUUCAUGGAGUGGACUUCGCCAAAACCUCGCUUCGAUUCCACAUCAACCCCUUCCAGUAUCCAGAAUGCAUCGCCGACCUGUGGGAUGGCUUGGUUUUGCUUUGCAAGUCCCUCAGGAGAGCAGCUCGCAUACCUUGUGUAAACAUACGAUGCGACGGCACCAUGCCACGUAUGAACUCACCUCUGCAUGUCAAUGAGGAUGACCUCGAAAGAGGCCCACUGAAUUGCGUCUUCUUGCUACAACCGUUCAAUCUACUGCCACUUGCUACCAAAGCAACCAUUACCGUUGUCGGUGGACCGCUGAACGAUCUCUGGUGGGACAAUGUAGUCCUUCAAAGGUGGACCGAACAAUAUUCUCGACAACUGGAGACAUGGACACUACGUCGAGCCAAACAUGUCAAUGCUAUUCCACAACAGCAGCAGCUAUUGAGAGAAAGUGAACCCAUGGUAUGGGAUAUUACUGUUUACAACAGGCAUUGUGAGGCCAUCAUGAAGGACUUCAACAAUACCUCCAUGAACGUUGACGCUGAGAUGGCGGCAAGACAGGAAUCGGCAGACCCACAGCGCCUAUCCACGGAGGAAUCGAGGUUGAGUCUAUGUUCUUUCAGGGCAAUCUCCAGCGCCUAGCAUUCAUCAGGUGCCUCCAUUUUUGUUACACUGCACAAUCACUAUCUGGAACGAAUGGUAUCAAGAGAUUCACAUGGUCGUUCAUUUCACAACAUAAGUUGGGACAUGAUGCAGUGACUCAUUGGGGAAAUGCAACAAGCCAACACGAAUUGCGCUCACUAGUCCUGCAUUCACAAGGCCUCUACGUCUCGUUGCUCUACGGAGAUUCCAUGUCCGUUACAAGUGUUACACACCGGUCACAGCAGUGCGCGAACACUUCCAUUCAGCCUUAGCCGCUUGAGCACGUUUUUUGUUCCUGUUGGCCUGUUCGUCAGAUGUCCUGUUAUGCAUAAAGAGCUACCAGUCCAGGGCCACAUUUGACGACUGGGAUGCUGGAC